AUGAAACCGUGGGCCUGGUUUGCAUUCUGCCUUCUGCUAGUGACAGACCCUCUUCGCUGUACAGAUUACGAAUGUCGAACCAUUCACCGAGAGGGCGGGAACCUGUGGUGGAACUGCUCGGACACGCUCUAUCCUGAAUUCCCUCACCCGGACGAGAUCCCGAAAGGCGUCAGUUUGAUAGAUCUGAGUUACAACAGGAUUUUGGACCUACACCGGAUAAACAUCACGUGUGACGGAUACCCAAAGUGUAACGCGUGUUUGGCAGUGUUGGAUCUCAGGGACAAUGAGAUAGAAUCGAUAGACAAAGACACUUUCCAGUCUUUGUUUUGUCUGCACCAGCUCGAUCUUUCGCACAACAGGAUCAAAGGGGAAAUAAUAAACGAAGAGACUUUCCAAGGACUACACAAACUGAAAUCUUUAUCCUUAAAAGGGAAUCCUCUGGUUUCUGUACCAGACAGUUCCUUUCUGUUUACAGAGCUUGGCGAUUUAGUUCAUCUUGAUUUAUCGAACUGUAAAAUAUCGACUAUCGAAAAACUUGCGUUGUCGGAGCUCAAUGUUUUAGAAUACAUUGAUCUGAGUGGAAAUGAACUGGUUACUAUUGACCCGGAAGUGUUUAGAGGUCUUCAUUUCCUGCACACUCUUGACCUCAGACAUAACAAACUGGUGAAACUAGGUGCGGAGAGUUUUGAACCUCUUCUUGUUUUACAGACGUUACUUCUCGAUGAAAACCACAUCGAGGUGAUCCACCCAAAGGCGUUUGACGGGUUAGGCAUUCUUGAGACCCUUUCUCUAGGAACCAAUCGGCUCAAACAAAUUCCAUUCCUUGCUUUGCGGGCGAUGAACAACCUUCAGCUGUUUAACUUCAGCGCAAAUGUCGCUGGGACCUUAUCCCAGAGUCCAGUUCGGGAUCUGAAACUGGCCAUCACAACGCUGAUCAUAGAAGACAUGGACACGCUACACGACAUAGGCAACCACGCCUUCAGUGCGCUCCAUCAGCUGAGAUACGUGCACAUCACCCGCAACAAGUUUCUCAGCAGCAUCGGCCACGACGUGUUCAGCUCGAAGCACCUGCGUGAAGUGUUUCUCAACGACAACGGACUCCUGGGACUGCACGAGGACCUGCUGUCAUGGGAUGACCUUGACGAGCUGACCUUGCAGAACAACCGCUGGAGGUGUGACUGUAACCUCAAGUGGAUGCUGGAGAGCUCGCGAUUCAACUACUCCAUAACAUGCCGUACGCCCGAUAAAUACAGAGGACGUGAUUUAAUGACCUUGACCUCUAGUGAUCUCCGCUGUCCAAGGUCGCUUCUUACCAUCUUCAUCAGCUGCAUUUUGGGCAUUGUCGCUAUAUCCCUGGUAGUGGCAGCCAUUUUGUGUUGGAAAUACAGACGUCAUAUCCGGCUCCGGAGAGUAAAAGGGAAAUACAUAUCUGUGUAUCAGAAGGAUGUGGGUGACGAACCGACAACCAGAAUAGAACUGGAAGAGACUGAUUUGGUCAGCAAAUACGCCACUGAUGACUGA